AAAUUCCCGGGCUUCCCAACCCCCCAGGCUAAGACUUCAAUAAAGAGCUCAGGCACUCAACCUCGGAUAUCAUUCUGCCCUCCCCUUUCUCUCUGACUCCGCAGACCGGGUUGCUGUCUGAAGAUGUGGCUCCUGCUGUUUGCUGCCGGGUUCCUGAUCCUCGGAUUCGCCCUUUAUUCCCGCCUGUUCGCCAACAGCGCCAGCCCGUUCUCCCGGGACGCUGUGAGGCCACCGGCCCCGCUGGUGACCGACCAGAAGCAGAGAGACAAGGUCCUCAAGCAAGGGUUCAGCGCAGAUCGGGUGCCGGCGGAGCUCGACGCCGUAGUGAUCGGCAGCGGUAUCGGAGGGCUGACGGCGGCGGCUGUCCUGGCGAAGGCGGGCAAACGGGUUCUGGUCCUGGAGCAGCACGACCAGGCUGGGGGCUGCUGCCACAGCUUUGUGGACAAAGGCUUUGAGUUUGACGUCGGUGUGCCUCCUAAAGACUCCAGUUUCCUGAUGAACACUCUGCUGCUUCACCACUACAAGCGAGGAGCUUACUACCCCAGAGGAGGGGCCAGCGAGAUCGCCUUCCACAUCAUCCCAGUCAUCCAGAAGGCAGGGGGCGCUGUGCUGGUCAGAGCCCCUGUCCAGCGCAUUCUGGUAGACCAGAAAGGCAGUGCGUGCGGAGUGACUGUGAAGAAAGGUCAGGAAGAGGUCACCGUCCUGGCACCAGUGGUCAUCUCUGAUGCUGGGAUGUUUAACACCUUCGAGAAGCUCCUGCCCCCGGAGAUACAGGCUAAACCCGAAAUACAGUCCCGUCUCAGCAUGGUUCAGCACGGAAUGGGUUCCUUCCUGGUCUUUGUGGGGUUAGAUGGGACGAAAGAAGACCUAGGGAUAGUAUCCACCAACUUCUGGAUGUACAAACACAAUGACCUGGAUGAACUGAUGGGUCGCUAUGCCUCUCUGAGCAGGGAGGAGGUGGCUGACAACAUCCCCAUGAUGUUCAUCACUUUUCCCUCGGCUAAAGACCCGACGGCCAAGAUCAGACACCCAGGGAAGUCCUGCAUGACCCUGCUGACCAUGGCGAAGUACGAGUGGUUCGAGGAGUGGAAAGACAGCACCCUGAAGAAGAGGGGACCAGACUACGGGAGCCUCAAGAUGGGCAUCGCCAAUGCACUCCUGGGCUGGGCCCUCGAAAUUUUCCCUCAGCUCAGGGACAAGGUGGUGUUCAUGGAGGCAGCCACCCCCCUCUCCAACAUGCACUACCUGGGUUCCCCGCGUGGGGAGAUGUACGGCGCCGAGCACGAUCUGGCCAGGUUCACCCCAGAGGUGGUGGCGCAGACCCGGGCGGCGACGCCGGUGAAGAAGCUCUACCUCACUGGCCAGGACGUGUUCUGUAACGGCCUGGCGGGGGCGCUACACGGGGGUCUCCUGUGCGCCUCGGCAGUCCUGGAUCACAUCGUCUACAUCGACCUCCUUGCGCUGAAGAAGCGCCUGAAGUGGGAGAAAGCCAGGAAGCAGGCCUGAGCUGGGGGCCACAGGCCAUAGAGACUGAGAUGGCAGCACCCUUCCUCCCUGUCGAUCUCUCCUCUCUCCUCUCUCCUUCUUGCAGUGUGCUCGAGCAUAGCCAUCCUGCGUGACCACAGCCUUCACACAGAAGUACCUCAUGUGAAAGACUGGACUUCUCAGUCCAUCAGAGCUUUUGAACCUCCUUCUCAGCUUGAAAUUAAUCUGUGCCGGGCAGACUCAGUUUUCCACUGCUGAGUUGUAAGCAGUCAUGAUGAGCAUCAGAGCACUAGAGGGAACUCCUUUUCUGCCCUGACAGUCCUGGUCUGUGUUUCACAAAGUGAAUGCAAAAGGGCCCACAAAACAGUUUGUCUGGAAGCUGCUGUUGCUCACACAAAUACAGACAGCCCCUGCCUUUGCUUUCCUUGACCUUGAGUGGUCUAUGAUCUCAGGACCAAAGAAUUGUUUUCAAAUCCCACAGGUGGAGCACUGUUGUUGCACCCUUUAGAGAAGUGAGGUACUUCAUUCAGAAUAGUUCCAGUAAAUAUUUUCCUGCAUAAAUGAGUAGUCCUCAGGUCACCGGUGUAAAUGUUGUCAAUACAAUUUGUUUUCCAUCCCUGGUUAAAUAAACGAGAUGGAGUUUUGUUGCU